GUACGUGACGUUGUUACGUUAGUGCUGCAGCGCUAAACAGUCCCUCGCAGUCCGACAUGGCCGGGUCUGAUCUGGUGAAAACUCUGCUCUAUACAGUCAACAACGUAUUACAGCAGGAGAAAUACAAAGCAGUGCUUGCUGUCCUGAAAGGACUCAGAAAUGGCGCAGUAUAUGGUGCCAAGAUCCGUGCCCCACAUGCCCUAGUGAUGACAUUUCUUUUUAGAGGUGGCAGCCUGCAGUCCAAGUUGAAAGCGAUUGCCCAGGCUACAUAUACACACUCAAGGAACCUUGCUCUCUUUGUGUUCACAUAUAAAGGACUGCAAGAACUUCAGCAGCACAUUCAGGGAAAGAGUCUUCAGUCGCAAGCUUUUCUGGCUGCUUGUAUUGGGGGUUGGCUUGUAUUCGGAGACAAUAAUAACAUUAACAGCCAAAUAAACAUGUACUUGUUGUCUAGAAUUCUGUUUGCAUUGUCUCGGCUGGCUGUGGAGAAAGGCUACAUCCCUCAACCCAAGAGAGAUCCAUUCCCACUCUUUGCCACCCUGGUGUGGGGCAUCGUGCUCUGGCUGUUUGAGUACUACCCUCACACCCUGCAGCCGUCACUCCAGUCCUCCAUGACCUAUCUCUACCAUGACAGCAAUGUGUGGCACGACAUAACUGAUUUUCUACUAUACAACAAACCACGGACUUAAGUGAGCCUUUAGCAAUGUUCCUCUCAACCAAAGCUCUCAUGUCAAACAGUGAGAGUCCAGCACCAGUGAUCACUGUAGAUUUCUUUUUCUAAUCUGUUUUUUUGAGAAAAUUGCUUGAGUAAGUACUGAGAAGGUAAAUGUUAGGAUUGUAAUUUUCAAUCACAAGUGAGCCUUAGAUGAGGUUUCUGCAAUGUGCAUGUUUUGAAAGUGUUAACCUGUGGUUGACUUUUUGCAUUUUUGCACAUUUAUGGCUGAAUAUUUGGAAGCAAAAAAUGAAAAUUAAUAAGACCAUGAAGGAUUUUUUUGGGGAAAAGUCCAUGUUUCCACUUUGCUUAUUAACUGUGUAAGCAGUCUUUUGUGAGAGUGACAUUGACUUCUGGCACUCCACAUUCCUCCAUGUACAAUUAUUUUUAGUUCAUGACCUUUUUGGUUUUUCAAGCAUGAGCUAUUCUUAAGCUUCUGUCACAGCUUCGUACUGUGGUUCACUGAUGCUGACUAACUAAAGCAUGUGGACAAAUGGAUCAGCUUAUUUGGGGGGUAAAUUAUUAUUUCACAUAUAUUACAUAUAUGUAUGUUAUCUGCAAGUGAUUGCAGGCCAGACAAGUCCUGAUGCAGCAAUGCAUGGUGCUUCACCCAACAUGUUUGGACUGUUGGUAUGCUUCAUGCAUUGCAUGGUUUUUGCCAAAAAGAGCAGGCUCUGUGGUGUCUGAAAUGUUUUACUUGCCCAUAAAACAUUGUUCUGGAACUCUUUUUUUUUUUUAGCAAAUACUGCUUUUUCAUUCCUUUCAUUUGUACCAUUGCACCUCAAAGGAACAGAAAAUCUCAGCAUGAAAAAUGUGGAAAAAAUGCUAAAAAUCAGCCAUAAGCAAGUCCUGUUUUGCAGUACUGUGUGACAUUUCAGUCUUUAGAGAAGGCAAGCAGAAGAGUAGCAUGUAUUUUUCUGUUCACACUUCCCACACCACAUUACCUCAGUACUCCGGGUUCAUGUAAGUGUUUUUGCCGCUCUGCGCCACUAGAGGUCACUAGCUGUAAGGAAGGAGUGGUCUCUCAUAGCACCAGAAAUGACGACUUGAGUUGGCAACUGUAUGUCUUUGAAGGGAAACUUUGAACUUUAUAGGACCCUGAUAGCUUAAUUAGCCUGUAGUUUGGAUAAUAAAUGGUUAACUGGCUUGCAGACCAUUCCCUAGAAAUAAUGUUUUUUAAAUAAUGUAUAAAGUUUUACUCCCAACUAUUCAAAGAUAAAUUUUACAAAAUCUUCCAAAAUUUCCACAUAAUUCAGUGGUUGAUGCAAAUAAAAUAAUUCAGAGUGGUUUGAUAAGAAAUGUAGAGAAACUUUGACACAGUUUAUUUUACAGGGGUGGUGAUAGGAACCGGAUGUUAUGAUGUCUGCAAAACAAAUAUGGCUAUUUGUAUGUGUUUUUAUUUACUGUUGAUAUAUAUAUAUAAAUAGCAGCAUAUUCAUGACCAUUUUGUGUAGUAACCUUCAGCAAAAUAGUUUUUACAGACAUUAAAUGCUUAAGAUGUCUGGUUCCUUUCACCACCACUGUACACAAUUAUGCCUCUGUACAUUUCACUGGAUUUUUUGUAUUAAACCACUCUGUAUGACUUUACAUCCUGAUGUAUUAAUUAUGUGGACAGUUUAAAAUUGGCAGAAUUCACUUUUUUAACUAAGACCUUAUUGAAGUUGACAACUAAAGACUCACCUCACUGUUUCAGUACUGGUUUUAACAAGCCUCCACUUGGUUUUAACAAGUGUCCACUUGGAUUCCUUCUUUCACUUGGUGGGUGGUGGGGGGGUCCCAGCAGCUGUUCAGUUACUUUAAUAGGAUGUUAGUUGGGCCUUCAGAGUGGUGAGAGAGGGAUCAGGUGAACACUACUGUAGACUUCAGCAGCAGAGCUUGCUCAGAAGUCAUGGUGACCUGAUGCAUUUUCCUUUUCAAACCCCCAAAAAUCCCAGGCAAAACUGUAAGCUACAGCAAGAAUCUUGCAUAAUAUUUGAUUUGCUGGGCUUUAAGGUACAAACUACUCCAUCUGUUAUACAUGACGGCUGAACUACAACUUCAUCACUUUCCUAACCAUCUCAUUAGCAUGCUAAAGGCUACAUGGCUAUCUGGAACCUACACUACGGUUCUGCUCUACGUUAAUAGCCGCCAUAGCAAUUGCUCACACGUUAAGUACAAUAUGCUCAAACAUCUUAAAAACAUUUUACAUUGCAAAGUUUGCAUGGCUAGCUGAUUAGCUCACUGAGGCUAACUUGCUAUGGGUCAGUGUGUUCCAUUUGAAUAAGCCACUCCCCUUCUGCCAGUGAGUUGUGUAACAGGUGUGACUUCAGAUUUGCGCUUCAGAGACUUGAGACUUGACUCAGACGUGGAAAAAGUGGCUUGUGUACAUCUAUGCGUGGCACUGCACUGUAAGGCAUCAGAAUCACUAUUCGUGUUCUAGGAUGUAUGUAUAUUUGUCUAAUGAAUCCUGAUGAACACAGAUAUGUAGAGAAGCUAAACAAUAGUAAUAAUGUAAUAUGACUGAUGAUUAACACCACAGCGUUAUACCACUUGUAAGACCAGUUAGACCUAAGUGUGGACUAAAAGGGCUUUCAGUGGUGAAUCACCAUUGGAGUAGCAGUUUAAUCCCAGAGUAGAAUUAAUCCAUACAUGCUGGUUUAAUGUCUGAUGCAGUUGUUGCAGGACAGCAUUCUUGAAUUAUAUAAUCAGCUGUUGAUCAUUGUUUUGCCUUAGUUUUAAGUGCUAAUUUAAGUGUGCAUAAAUAUAAAUUAAUGAUUAAA